AUGUCGUUAGAAUCCGCUACUUCCACAGCAAACAAACUCCGCAUUAAGAACAAAGAGAAAGCAGAUUCGGUGAUUGAGCUCUUAGGAACGCAUGGCUUCACCCAAGCGGACAUUGCGUACCUUAUCUCCAGGAACCCUAAACUGCUUCUAUCAAAUGCAGACAGGACUCUUAAGCCCAAAUUGGAGUUCCUUGAAGCCUUUGGCAUUUCGAGAUCUGAUCUUCCCAGGAUCGUCUCUUUGGAUACGUGUUUGCUACAAGGUAGCUUAGAAAACCAAAUCAUCCCCGCUCUUUCUUUCCUUAAAGGCUUGAUUCGCAACCAUGAGGACUUAAUCUAUUCCCUAAAGCAAUCAACCCGCCUUGUUAAAUGCAACCUACAGAAUGUGACACAGCCUAACAUAAAUACCCUGCGAGCUCACGGUGUGCCCGAGUCCAAUAUUGCGAGAUUGAUCGUAAUGCAGCCUAAUUCAGUCUCCCUGAAGGCUGAAGACUUUAAAGAAGCUGUGGAGAGGGUUAAAGAAAUGGGCUUUGAUCCCACAAGCCGCUCAUUCGUCCUCGCUGUUCGCUCGGUGACGGGGAUGAGUAAAUUGAAUUGGGAAAGGAAGGUCAACACUUUGAAGAGGUCAGGUUGGUUUGAGGAUGACGUUCUCAUGGCUUUCAGAGUACAACCAAUUUUUAUGCUCAGUUCAGAGAAGAAAAUGGGUAUCUUGAUGGAAUUCUUUGUGAGCAAGCUAGGUUUGAAACCUUCCGAUAUUGCAAAAUGCCCGAAUUUGUUCUUGGUUAGUUUGGAGAAGAGAAUUAUUCCAAGGUGUUCAGUCCUGCAGGUUCUAAUGUCCAAAGGACUUAUUGAGAAAGAUGUGAACGUGGUGUGGGUUUUAAAUUCAAAGAAGCUGAUAUUUGAGAACAAAUUUUUUAUCCCAUAUCAAGAUAAAGCUCCGGAGAUAAAGAAAGCAUAUCAAGGUGAGAUACCAUUUCUAGGAUUAGAUAUUGGGUCCGGAGAUAUUAAUGUCGACAAGUAA